AUGCUGAGCCGUCCAUUGGUGCGAGCUGCCGGCGCGGUGACCCCGCGUUCCGCGCUGCGAGCAUUCUCUACCACGAGCCAGCAGCUGAAGGUGCCCUCCAUGGCCGACGUCAGCGCCGCCCCUCAAAGCGUCGCCUCCUUCAACGAGAAAUCGAAGCAGUUCCGAGAGCAGUUGGUCGAGCAGCAGAAGCAACGGGAAGCAAGUGCGUAUCAGUCCUCUCCUCCCCCCUCCGCCUCUGAGUCCGCUAAGGACGGCAUCUCAUCUGUGAUUGCUACUUCAGGACAGAAGGCCGAGGCCACCCAGGAGCCUCCGCGGAAGGCCGGGCCCUUGACCAACCUCAUCUACGGUACCAAGGAAGGUCGCGAGCUCGAUGCGCAGCUCGAGGCUAGCUUUAGUCAAGUCCUUGCCCGAGGCAAAUACGUUCACUCGAUCGUUUUCCACGAGGUCAAGCCUGACAAGGUCGACGAGUACACCGAGCUCGUAGGAAACUGGUACCCGCGCAUGGCCUCCAUGCCGGAGAACAAGGUCCAUCUGGUGGGAAGCUGGAGGACUGAGGUUGGCGACUGCAACACUUUUGUCCAUAUUUGGGAGUACCAGAGAUACCAGGGUUACCACGAGUCGAUCCACAACAUUGGUUCCCACCCCGAGUUCGCCGCGUUCGACAAGAAGCUCAAGAGCUUGAUCACCUCGAAGAAGACAUCCCUUAUGCAGGAGUUCUCCUUCUGGCCCACGACGCCUCCCCGCCAGCUUGGCGGCGUCUUUGAGCUGCGAUCCUACACUCUGCACCCCGGUAACCUGCUUGAGUGGGAGACCCACUGGAGACGGGGCCUGAAGGCCAGACGUGAGGUCAUGGAGGGCGUCGGCGCUUGGUUCGUGCAGAUCGGAGAUCUCAACACAGUGCACCACCUCUGGCAAUUUGCCAACCUGGAGGAGCGCAAGAUCCGUCGUGAGAAGAGCUGGAGCGUUGAGGGUUGGAGCGAGACCGUUCACAAGACUGUUCCUCUUAUUCAGACGAUGAAGUCACGGAUCCUUGUCCCCAUGCCUUGGUCGCCUACUGCGUAA